AGAACCUCUAUUCACUGGCUACAAUGCCGAAUUGGCAUAGAUUGUCUUCUUAAACCUUCUUCUCCGUCUCCUAGACGGGGCCUAUACCCUGUGAUAAAACGUGUGAUAAAACGUAUGCGAAUGGGUCGAUAGAAGAUCGUUCUUUUCCCCCAUGAGACAGAGAGAGAUUCCCCGCAUAGCGCCUCACAUCUGAUUGCCAUCAACGAUGCUCAGGGACCAUGAUAUCCAGAAACUGGCUGGCCAGUUACAUGCUGUUGAUCGGGAGAAUCAGCAGCAUCAUGAGAAUCUGAGUAAUCUCUUGGGGAAUUUCAAUUCGUUGCUGGAGAGCUAUAACCUGUUGAAGAGCGAUUAUGAAGAGGAGAAAGAGGCGCGGGAGAAGUAUAAGAAGAUGGCUAGGGGGCAGGAACGGAAUCCCUUUGUCCUGGUGCUGGUGGAUGGUGAUGGAUAUCCGUUCCAAGAAGACCUUGUCAGAAGCCGCAAUGAAGGUGGAAUAACAGCUGCACGGCGUAUGACUGACAGUAUCAAAGAACUACUUCAUGACCGGCUCGGGGACCAAGCUGAGCAGUGCCGUGUUAUGAUACGCAUCUACGCCAAUCUCUUGGGUUUAUCCAAGGCUCUGGCUCGCGCUGGGCUUGUUGGACACGAGGCUCGUUCGCUUGCAGUAUUUGCGUCUAGUUUUACUCGCUCGCAGGAUUUGGCGGAUUUUAUCGAUGCGGGUGAUAAGAAAGAAGGAGCGGAUCAUAAGAUUAGAGAAAUGUUCCGCCUAUUCUCUGAUAUUAAUCAGUGCAAACAUAUCUUCUUCGCGGGUUGUCAUGAUGUUGGCUAUCUCUCAUUCUUGAUGCCCUACCGAGGUAUGGCGGAUCGUAUCACCCUACUUAAGGGACCAUCGUUCCAUCCUGAAUUCAGAACUUUGGGACUACCUAUCUCUGAAAUAUCCUCUGUUUUCAUGUCGAGUCCGCUUGGCAGCAGCCCUGAACCGAUUACAUCUAAAUCGGCGGUACCUAAAUCGGCGGUCUGCUGGUUCUUCCAAAAGGGUAUUUGUAAAUACGGCAACGACUGUGCUAGGCAACACAUAACACCACAACAACACGAAAUCUCUAAACCCCAAGACAAUAAGUCGGACGCUCAUAGCACCGUGCGAGAAAUGAAGCAUUAUGCGAAAAUACUCCGAUCUCCUUCGAUUAAGGACGGGGGACCCCUAGUCCACGUCAACAGAAACGGAGAUCGCAUCGACACUGUCAUCUCACAACCAACAAACGAAGAAUGGAACGCAUACGCCCGUCGAGCCAAACAACACAAGCUCUGCAACCAGUACCACCUGGGCGGCGAAUGCAGCAACCUGAACUGUCAAUUCGACCACAGUCACGUCGAUGACAGUCUGAUUGAGGUCAUGCGGUAUAUUAUGCGGCAGAAUGUGUGUCCGAAUGGGUCUGAUUGCCGGCUUAGCAAAUGCUAUCACGGUCAUAUGUGUCAGAAGCCUGGGUGCAAGGGUGGCAAACCGUGCCGCUUUAGCCAGUACGCUCAUACCCUCGAUCCUCAGAUUUCGGAUGACCUCACGCCGAUCGAUCAAGACGAAUACGACUCUAAUUCUUCACAUAUAACAAUCGGGUGAAUUAUUAGGGACUUCGUGAGUUGAUUUUAGUGAAACUUAUUGGGCCCUUGGCCUUUGUCUGAGCGGAUCUACUACUCGACGCAAAGCAUAUUGUCUCAAGCAGCUAUUAGUGGGUAGCAUUGGUUUUCUAUAGUUAUUUCGUUGGAGAAGGUGAAGAUUGGAUCAGAACGUAUCUAUUGAUAAGAAGAUUACUCUUGUAGUAUAUCGAGGGUAAUCAACAGUUACAUUUUAGGAUAUAAAUGAAGAACCAGCAGAAAACACU